CCAAUUUCAUCCUAUCGGAAUUUACACAUAUCCUCCGUUCCAUGGGCCGUAGGUGUAGGACUUCCCGAUCGCGACUAGUCCGAGAUGGAUCGUGUUAGUAGUCUACCAGACGAUCUUAUUUUGAAUGUAAUGUCCUUCCUUACCACGAAGGAAGCUGCUUCGACAUCGAUUCUCUCGAAGAGGUGGCGCUAUCUAUUUGCAUAUGUCCGAGCUCUCGAUAUUGAUAACUCUGUCUUUCUUCAUCCUGAAGAGAAUAAACGGGAAAGGAAAGGGAUUCGACAGAGCUUUAUGGAUUUUGUGGAUAGAGUAUUGGCUUUGCAGGGUGAUUCUCCAAUAGACAAGUUCUCCCUCAGGUGUGAAACCGGUGUUGAUUCAGAUCGUGUGCAUCAGUGGAUAUGUAAUGUGCUGCAGCGUGGCGUUUUAGACAUUAAUCUGUCCAUCGAUUUGGGGGAAAUCGGAUACCUGCUCGUCCAAACUUUCAUUAGCACAAAUCUAGUUGAGCUGAAAAUAGCAAGUGGUUGCCAUAUUAAUUUUCAGCCUGGGCACAUAUCCUUACCUGUGCUGAAGACUCUCACUCUUGUUGAACCUGUUUUCUCUGAUAGUGGUCAGCUUCAGAGGCUGCUUUCUGCUUGCCCUGUGCUUGAGGCAUUAGAUUUGGCAUCUGUUCAUUGGUCGUAUAGGAAUGAGACCUUGUCAAGUGCAACCCUCAAGACUCUAACAAUUGUCUCUGCGAAAUCCUUAGAGGCCUUAUCAUUUGAUACACCGAAUCUUCUUUGUUUGAAGUACUCUGAGUUAGUUGCGCGGGACUUUCCGUUAGUCAAUUUGGGAAACUUGGUUGAGGCUCAUAUCAAGCUUGAUUGUAAACUCAGUCUACCAAGCUUCGGAUCUAAUGUGCCGAAGCUUUUUCGUGGCAUAUGCAGUGUUCAGAAGCUUUACUUAUCUCCUGGAGCUCUCCAGGUGCUUGGUCGAUCGUGUCAGGCAAUUCCGGUGUUUAACAACCUCACACUCUUAGAGAUUGAGAGUAGCAAGAAUGUAGCGUGGCAAGCAAUGCCGGUUCUCCUAAGAAACAGUCCACAUUUAGAAACUCUAGUCAUUAAGGGUGGUCUCGCACACAGUUUCACAAAUGAAUGCGGGGAUGCUUGUAACUGCAUUUCUCGGGAGGAGAAAGGUCGUUCGCUCGCAUCUUGUCCAGUGAAGAGGUUAGAGAUUCGAGGGUUUGAAGGAAUGUUAAAAGAUACGGAGAUGAUCAAGCACUUCUUGGACUAUUUUCCCUGCUUGAAGAUGAUGGAGGUCUAUGUUAAAGAUGGUCGUCCACGACACCUAGCCCCUAUAGCGUCGGAUUCUUACAACCACUUAUCGAGUCGCAAUGUCAGAAUCAAGGUGCACGACGAUUCCUUGACAUAGGUUGUGGACUGCACAAUAAAGUCUUGGGAGGAAAUUUUUAGUUUUUAGUUUUUUUUUUUUUUAAUCUACAAUACUUAUGAAGCUUAUAAUAGGGAGAGUCAACUUGUUGGUUUGAUGGCUUUUGCUACUAAAGAUUAGUUUUGGUAUUCGGUGGGAGUUGUAUCAAACACGUUAUGGCUGAUGAACUUGAUAGGAUAA